AUGGAUUGCGAUUCAGCCCCCUCCAAGCCGCCCUUCAUUCUCCCAGCCUCGCUUGACCACGUCCGCAUAGGGGCCCUUCCGCCUGCCGCCUAUUAUAUCUCAGAUUUCAUCUCCGAGGACGAGGAGCACGCCAUUCUGGACAAAGUCGCAUCAGCGCCCAAACCUCGUUGGAAGCAGCUCACACACAGGCGUCUGCAGACAUGGCCUUCCGACCUCGUCAACGACAAGUUGUUCGAUGCACCCCUCCCGGACUGGCUUCGAGACCCCAUCGUCUCGCGAUUGACGCUUGUUCCGCAGACCGGAGAGCCCGGCUCGGCCGGCAUCUUCUCUGACAGCCCGCACAAACAACCAAACCACGUGUUGAUAAACGAGUACCCGCCGGGUGUCGGCAUCAUGCCGCAUAAGGACGGGAGUGCGUACCACCCCGUCGUCUGCACCGUCAGUCUUGGGGCCAGUCUGUGCCUCAACAUCUACAAAACCAAGGCCGACGGAGCCUUGGACCCAGCGCCCAUGUGGAGGAUUCUUCAGGAGCCGCGUAGUCUUCUCAUUACUUCUUUGGACCUCUAUAGUGAUUUCCUCCACGGCAUCGCCGAUAUCACAGAAGAUGUCGACCUUUCCGAGAGCACCGUGGCCAACUGGAACCUCCUCCGGUCUACCGCCGACUUUGCUCAGGGCUGCAACUCGAGAAGCACCCGAACAAGCUUGACCUAUCGAGACGUCAUGAAGGUCUCCAAGCUGGGCAACAAAUUCUCGUUGUUUCAGAAGAAGUGA